AUGCUCCCAAGGGUAGAAGGGGUUUCAGGAAUUUUGGGAUGCAGACCUGACUGGCAUUCCUGGGCGCCUCGGCGCGAGUGGCGGUCGCUCAGGAGCAUUGCGAGCAAGGCAGGCGACUCGCGCACCGAGCCUCGGAGGAACGUGUUGGGGUCAGCUCGGCAGCAGAGAGGCUUCGCUUCGGAGCAAACGCACGUGCCUCGUUGUACCCGACCUUGGAGCAAGCCAGCCUUGGAGCAAGCCAGCCUUGGAGCAAGCCAGCCUUGGAGCAAGCCAGCCUUGGAGCAAGCCAGCCUUGGAGCAAGCCAGCCUUGGAGCAAGCCAGCCUUGGAGCAAGCCAGCCUUGGAGCAAGCCAGCCUUGGAGCAAGCCAGCCUUGGAGCAAGCCAGCCUUGGAGCAAGCCGGCCUUGGAGCAAGCCAGCCUUGGAGCAAGCCAGCCUUGGAGCAAGCCAGCCUAGGAGAGAGCCAGCCUGGAGCAAGCCGUCCUUGGAGCAAGCCAGCCUUGGAGCAAGCCAGCCUUGGAGCAAGCCAGCUUGGAGCAAGCCGGCCUUGGAGCAAGCCGGCCUUGGAGCAAGCCGGCCUUGGAGCAAGCUGGCCUUGGAGCAACGGGUGCAGCAGAAAGGGACUUGGUUUGGCGAUGGGGCGGGAGGAUGGCGCGCGGAAGGAGUGCGACGACAGGGAAGAACGAGCGAACCAACUCAGUCGGCCCAGUAGUGAUGCCGGAGCUGAGCCCUUUAACGGGGAUGGCUCUCAGCGGCGUGGCAGCAAGCGGGCA